CGUUUCCCACACCGCAUUUUUUGCGUAUUUCACAUAGCAAAUGUCCCAAACGUCGAAACGGAAAAGACUUAUUGUAACACUUCAUUUAGCCAUCUCUAACGGGGUUUGUUACUAAUGUAUGGCGUACCAUAUCGUCUCCAAACUUCAUUGAUGGAAGCGCAAAAGGAUUCUUAUUAAAAAAAAGACGAUAAUCGAUCUAAAUAUCGCUAAGAAACAUUUAAAGAGUAUGGGAUACGUGGUCUCUCUUUCUUGUUUGUUGAUAGGUUAUUCCACUCUUUUGGAAUUUUAACCUACGGGAUCACAACAUGACAACAAUACUCAACAGCGACGGUGAGCAAGCGAUUUGGGGUAUCGCACUUGUAUGUGUCUUCUAGAGAAGAUACCGCUAAAAUCCGGCAAUACACACUAGGGCGACAACUUUCCCCCUAGAAAAUUCCUUGGACAAUCUCUCCAGGUUGCGGCAAAUGCGGUCAUAUUGUAGUCAUGACAACGAAAGUCCACUUCAAACUGAAGAUACCGUUCUCGAGGACGAAAAUAAUCUUAGAGUGCUACAGUUGUUCAUCUACAGGAUUACCCUGAAGGUUCGACUAAUGCAAGUAAAAACACACUCCCACAAGGCAAAAUUCAAGCCGCUUCCAGGGGGAGUAGUUAAAAAAGGAUUAUGUUCGUUAACACACUUUAGUAUGCCCCCCUGUUACCCCUCAGGAUAGUAUACCCAGGCUUCUCUAUUAUUCUUUCGCUUUUAUGCACACAGCGAGUCUGAACAUCUUGGAAUAGGGGUCCUGAUUUACCUCUUGGUAUUUCUGUAUAAAUGGCAAAUUGGCUUGCGGCGGUGUAAUCUGCUUUCAUGUGUGUCCAAUAUAAAGUGAUAGUCUCUAAAGCGGCAAGCACACACAUAAAAAAAAAAA